AUGGCAGCUCGUUGCUUCAUUACGUCAUGCUACAGCAUGUUGAAGCCAUUAGUCCAUGCUCCAUUACCUAUACAUCACCACUACCCUCUGCGGCCCCUCCCCUUCCUCCUCCACUUCCCCUCCCCUUCUUUUGCCCCUUGGUUUCCCCCGUCCUCUCCCUCCCACUCUCCCUUUCUCAGCGAGAAAAAGCAAUUAAGUGCUGGUUUGCAAGCAGCGUUUGUGCUUGGAGGCAGAGGGAUGGGGCAGUGGUACGCGUGGUGGAUCAAGGACGACUGCAGCUCGCAGGCGCUGUGGAACAGCGUGCAGGCGUCCAGCGACGUGCGCAGCAGCGUGCUGGCCGUGUGGGGCCCCGGCACGGCCGGCGCCAGCACCUCCUUCCAGGACUACGUGCUUAUGGCGGCCAACAACCGCCGCAACCCCUCCUGCGUUAAGACGUACCUGCUGGACUGGAUCAAGUGCAAGGCUGCGCCCACCGACUCGGCCGUUCAGUUUUACAACUCGGCGCUGGGCGUGGGGGUGAGCGGGGUGAAGGAUGUGCGGUCGCUCAACACGUUUGUGACGGCCGUGAUCAAGAAGAUUGGCCAGACCGUGUUUAACACGCUCGCUGGCAUGCUCAGGCAGCGCGGCCUGCAGGCUCAGGUUGUCAUGGCGGGAACGUGGUGCUAG